AGGCUUUAAAUGUAAUUUCCCCCAUGAUGGGUGAGGUUACGGUUGUUGCUGGUUGUUUCUUGUUUCUUGACAUGGUGGAAUGGCAUCACACCGCACGGUGCGGUAGCACUCUAAAACCUCUCUAGCAGCAAUCGAUUCUCUAAACCGGAGCAUCGCGGCAUAUUUCCAGCUGAGAAGUGAAAAYCUUUGGCCUCUUCGAAACAUCGAGUGAUCGCUGAUGACCACUUUUCUCCUGAGAAGCCAUUCGAUCUWUUGGUUGGUCUUGGUUGGUUGAAYGAAKACARUCUGGAUCAUUGGGCUGCUGUGCGAUCGAUAACACGMGAAUAUGAGUWUUGAUCUAAGCAGUGAUAGCAGCGGURAUGGGAGCAGYGUUGUCGAUUUUUCUACGCUUUUGACGAAAAAGGACAACAACGAAACCCGCAAUGAAACGAAARGCGUCUCGUCUGAUCUCGGGGGUGCCCCGAUCCAACGGCUCGACGCUAGCGAGGACUUUAAUUUUGAUAGCGACGCCAACAGUGAGAUCAGCAGCGUUGUAGAUGUAUCAAUACUUGUUCCGAGAACCAACAGCAAAGACAACAAUUCCGUUGAGAAGAAGAGCAACCCAUCCAUUGCCGGCGAUAUUCCGAGCCAAUCYAAUGUUGGCGAAGACAGAACCAGCGAAAAAAGAAACARCGGGGACAAAACCCACGGUUUCUCCGAAUCCAAACAGGUCGAUGGCAACAGCGUGAAUCGAAUAUCGAAAAACUCGAGCGAUUCGACCGAUGAUUGCAAACAAGRCAAGAGUGUUUGCUCGGGUCGAAUGACGCGCAUCGUGAUGGGCGAAAGCGUAAAGGCUUGGCGAAAGCAAAGAAAGAGCGCUCAGAGUAGGAACAAGGCCGUGACAGAAAACAAGGACUCAAACCUGAGUGACGAUGAUCCUGAUAGGAAACCGCCCGCCAAAUAUCCACGGUAUGCCGUGGUACACAAAAAAGAUUCAUCCUCCAACUCGAAGAUCAGUCGCAAUUUUGWACCAGCAGAAAUUGAUUUUGAGAAGUCUCAUUUGAACGUCGAAAGUGGUGGUGGUGGUGGUGGCAACAGUGAUAGUAUUGAGGUUACCGUACGAUCCCGUGCACAAAGAGGUUCGGAAUAUACCAACGACGAGAACAGUGGGCGAGAAGCAAGGUAUACGGCCAAAAAAGUCAAGCGCCAGCUUCUAGACCACGAGCACCAUAUGUCAUCGUCAACUCMGAUAUCCAGUUCGACAUUCGUAGAUUGCAUCGCGAUAUGGGAUCCGACAAGAGGCGUCUAUGUUUUGGAAAUACCCGAGCUGAUUGCAAACGAMAUUGUUGCCGUGGCGUCGUCGGACGACAACAACGGCGACAACGACCGGAAAACUGUCGCUACUWCUUCGUUGAAUAAUGAUUCUCGCAACAAUGGAAUUAUCGAUGGUCGUCACAAACCUGCGCUUCAGCGGCACGAUCCACUCGAACAGCAACGGCAAGCCGAAAACAAACUCAAAACCUAUCGGAAGCGACGGCGAUCAUGAGCCGAACAAAGGGGAGUGUGAUUUUGAUCGAUUCAGUAUCAGUAUUCCAUUUUUCAAAGAUCGCAACAUCACUCUACAAAAUCUCCUCACCUUUGAAUUGGACACGCGGGUAGACAAAAUCAAGCAUUUAUUGUAGAGUAUAAGCAAACAAUGGAGACGCGGUCAAUAUUAUUACAUUAGAUCAAAACAAGAGUGAAGAUGUAUGACGAUGAGGAUAGGGCGGUCUGUAAAAAAAAUGCUGCUUUAAAUGAAUGGAAUUGUAAAUUGAAUACUAUGAAUGGUAUUUCGAAAUAGAAUCCUCCACGAUUCAUUGGGUACGAGGCAUCCCGGUGGAAGAAUGCUCGGCAMAAUGCGUGGCAGGCUAGCCCUGCGACACCGUGGCGCCGCUGGCCAUCGCGUAUCGCUCCCGGGCGAGGCGCUCGUCCUUUGAGCGCUCCCGCUGCUUGCUCACGAUGCGGGUUCCGACGACCCCGCCCACCGCCCCGGCCACCAGCAUCGCGGGUCCGAUCAGGACGGCACCAGCKACCCCGCCCGCGACCCCCCCGGCGAUCAUGCGUUUCUUGCGCCGGACGCGGCGCCGGAUUUUCUUGUGGUAGGGGUCUUCCUCCCCCUGCGCCAUAGGGAUGUCCUCCGCGGCGAWGCUGCUKUCCAGGGGCGUGGCGAGGAUCCCGCGCGGUUCGUCCGGGAUCGGGAACGGCGGGUCUUCGCUGGCGUCAGCGUCGUAGUCCUCGUUGCCGUUGCCAUCCUCCUCGUCGCUKCGAACUUCUCUGGCGUCCAAAAGCGGUGGAGUCAGAUCUUGGUGCCGAUGAAAGCAAGCGAUGCAGUAUAGCUUCCUAGCAGGAUUCAGCAAGCUGCACCUUGGGCAGGCCCAUUCUGCCGGMUGUUGUGCGCUCCMAUUGGUUGCCGGCAGGACUGCUGCCGUGGCGUAAACAAUACCGGGGUCGGCAUCGGCGACUACACGGGCUUGGUUCUCAGCCAUUUUAUCUGCUUGCACACAGCUCACCCGUUUUGUCGUGCGGAGGGUCUCCAGCUCUCGAGCUGAAGAACAAGGAGGUGAUUCUUGUUUGAUGAAGCACCUCGACCCGGUUGGGUAGGUACGAUACUCGUAGUGUGAGAUAAGAAAAUCCUCUCUUGCAC